AGUUGAAGAUUUAUUGUUGUUUCUUUCAAAUUUCAGACAUUCAAAUGAUGAAGAUCAACCAGACAGUCCUGAAGGAAUUCAUUCUUGUUGGCUUUUCUGUGUACCCACAUGUACAGACAUUUCUUUUUGUGGUCUUCUUUUGUCUCUACCUUCUCACCCUUGCAGGUAAUCUGACCAUCAUGGGCCUAACCUGGGUGGACAGGUCCCUCCACACCCCUAUGUAUCUCUUCCUUUGUUCACUCUCCUUCUCUGAGACCUGCUACACACUGACCAUCAUCCCAAAGAUGCUGAAAGAUCUACUGGCCAAGGACGGAAACAUUUCAGUUAUAGGUUGUAGCUUACAGAUGUGCUUCUUCUUGGGACUUGGUGGUACACACUGUAUCAUCCUCACUUUGAUGGGAUAUGACCGCUUCCUUGCCAUCUGUAACCCUCUAAAAUAUCCACUGCUUAUGACCAACAUUGUAUGUGGACAACUUGUGGCCUCUGCUUGGGCUGCAGGCUUCUUUAUCUCUCUUACAGAGACUGCACUGAUAUUCAGGGGCUCUUUCUGCAGAUCCAACCUUGUCAAACACUUCUUCUGCCAUAUGCGGGCAGUUAUUAGGCUCUCCUGUAUAGACAGUAAUCUGACAGAAUUCAUUGUAACAUUGAUCUCAGUGUCCGGCUUGCUGGGUACCUUUCUGCUCAUCAUCCUGACUUAUGUCUUCAUUAUUUCUACUGUCCUCAGGAUUCCUUCAGCUGAGGGCAAGCAGAAGGCCUUCUCCACCUGUGCCUCCCAUCUCACAGUGGUUAUAAUCCACUUUGGUUUUGCAUCUAUUGUUUAUUUGAAGCCAGAAGCCUCAGGAGAUGACACACUCAUAGCAGUCCCUUAUACUGUCAUUACCCCCUUCCUCAGCCCCAUCAUAUUCAGCCUGAGGAAUAAGGACAUGAAAAAUGCUUUUAGAAGAAUGAUGGGAAACACAAUUGCCUUGAAAAAUAAUCUUAAGUUGUUGCUGCUUGUUUGA